AUGGCAACAUUUUAUGCGGAUGUGGCUGAGGAUUUUAAACAACUUUACGAAACUAAAGAGGAUUAUGACGUGAAAAUUUAUGCCGGUGAAGAACUUAAAGAAGAGCUUCACGCUCAUUCAUUGAAGUCAAAUAUUUCCGCUUCAACAUUUGACGUGAUCCUUAGGUUCAUUUAUUGUGGGGUUAUAAAUCUUUGUGAAUUGGAUGGUUCAGAAGUUUUCAAAGUUUUAAUCGCGGCAGAUGAACUCGGACUUCAAAAACUCAUUGAUCAUAUUCAGAAAUUUAUGAUUGAAAACCGCGAUAACUUUCUACGAGAGGAUCCUGUGAAAAUGUUAUGCAUUGUUACUUGUCACGAAACAUUUGAUGAUCUCAAGAAUUUUUGCUUAGAGACUAUUCUUGCCGAUCCGGACAUCUUAUUUGGUUCAGAAAAAUUCCUAAAUUUAGAAGAAAGUGCAUUAAUAUCGAUUCUUAAAUACGACGAUCUUGCAAUGGAUGAAAUUAAUGUUUGGGAUUAUGCGAUCAAAUGGGGAAUUGCUCAGAAUCCAAAACUCAAAAGCAACAUCAAAGACUUUGAAGAUCAAGAUUUUGAAGCUUUGGAGAAAAGGUUGCGUAAUUGCAUCCCUCUAAUCCGAUUUCAUGAGAUUUCCAUGGAAGAUUUUUAUUUUAGAGUCAAACCAUUAAAGAAGAUUCUCUCUGAGGAACUCGAGGAUGAUAUUUUGCGUUGCUAUAUGGUUCCUAAUGCCGUUCCGCAUUGUAAUGCAUACUCACCAAGGUUACAAAAGCAUCUUAAUUCUAAUUUAGUUACCAGUAAGCAUCUUAUUCUAUUUUCGAGUUGGAUCGAUAAUAAAACCGACGAUUAUACGGGGCUUAGCCGAAUUCCUUAUAAAUUCGAACUCCUUUACCGAAGCAGUAGAGAUGGGAAUGAUGUCUAUACUUUUCACAACAAAUGUGACAACCAAGGUGCUACCAUUGUGGUGGCUAAAUUUCAAGAUUCUGAAAGGCUGGUGGGCGGAUAUAAUCCGGAAAAUUGGGAUUCUGUUAGUGGAUAUAGACAUGUUGACGGAUUUAUAUUUUUAAUUAAUGAUUUUAAAUGUCUUAAAAAUGAUUGUAACCUAGGUCGUUUAAAUGGAAAUUAUAACAAUAAUGCAAUUUACAGCAAUUCUUCAUAUGGGCCAACAUUUGGGGGAGGUCAUGAUAUAUACUGUGGAUUCGCUAAUAAUUGGACCAGUAAUCCAUACAGUUAUACGAGUAUUGGUCUUCCAAGUUCGUUCACUGUAGCCGAUUGGGAAGUUUUUAAG